AUGAUGAGUGACAAGACUUAUAUGGCCAACUCCUAUAUCUACAGGAAGGGUCUGAUUCGGAAACACUAUUUGGCCAACACAAUUGCGAUGUACACUUCAAAAAACCCAGCCACUAUCCUAAAGAAAGCUUUUCCGGAGACAUACCAGCUGGAGCUCGACUAUGCAGAGUUUUUGGACGACUCUCUGGACGAAAGCUACGAGCUGCGUCAGGACUUGGAGCAAAACGAGCAAACACUGUCCAAGACGUAUAUUCUGAAACCGAGCAUGAGCGACAAGGGCCAGGGCAUCAGGGUGUUUCAAACCAUUGACCAGUUGCAGAAGAUAUUCGACUCGUUUGAGGAGUCUGAGGAAAAUGGAGACGAAAACGCCGUGAUCACGUCCCAGCUACGCCAUUUCAUUGUCCAGGAGUAUAUUGCCAACCCGUUGCUGCUGCCCGAGUACGAGAACAGAAAGUUCCACAUUCGCACUUACGUGCUCUGCGUCGGUAGUUUGCGGGUGCUUGUUUACCAGAGAAUGUUGAUGCUAUUUAGCGACAAGCCGUAUCACAGGGAUUUUGACAAUAUCGACGGCCAUCUUACCAAUACUUGCCUCCAAGGAGACACAGACAAGCUGGUUGUGGUGGAGCUUGGCAAAAGCGUGCUUUCAGAGGCUUCCCAAAAUCAAAUUCGGGAGUCCAUCAAUUUAAUAGUUGGAGAGCUAUUCAAAGCUGCCUCCAAUGACAAAAUUAAUUUCCAGCCCCUGCCAAACUGCUUCGAAACGUUCGGUGUCGAUUUUGUGGUGGACGAAGACCUCAACGUGUCGCUGCUCGAGGUGAACUCGUUUCCUGAUUUCAAACAAACUGGAGACGACCUCAAAGGGCUGAUCUACGAGCUGUUUGACGGCAUUGUGCAACAGGCAGUGGUGCCGUUUUUUGGGGGCGAGCUGGCGACCCCUAGCAGUUUCAAACAAGUACUAGACUUGGCUUAA